CCAUUACAGUUCCAGUAAUCAUAGCGCCAGGUCGUGUCGCGUUUCCGCACCAAAGCGGACACUGCAUGCGGGAUCACACAUUCCGCUACCCUUUUUUCGCACUGUAAAUCCGCUGCACGCGCGUCCGGGUGGUGUCCCAGCCACUUCUUUUGGUGUAUGGUGUAAGGAACAGUGGCCUCGGAUGAUCUCGUACGCGCCUCUCGUCGUUAUUGGUUGUAUGUGGGGGUGAGUGUGGGCGUGAUGGGGCGAGGGCAGAGCUCGCCCAUGGAGCUCGGCUAGAGUGGUGCGCCCCUGCCCGGCUGCUACUGCCCGGCCCCCCCUCUGCCGCCCUCACCCCGGCCUACGCAUGGAGCCGGAUAACCGGGAGUACCGAUGCCACAGGCCCAAAGCUUUCGACAAAAUGGAGGAGCUGGUACGAGAGAUGCAGGACACGGAGCAAGGGGGCGUUCCAGUCAGAAGUCAGAAAAUAUUCCUAACUUCUAUUCCCGCUGCCUUCAUGGGUUACGACCUAAUUGAGUGGCUGAUGAUGCGUCUCGAAAUUGAAGAAUCCGAGGCGUUAAAUAUUGCCAACCAAUUAUGUCAGUACGGUUAUUUUUUUCCAAUAAGCGACUCAAAGAACCUCGUAGUUAAGGAUGAUAGUUCACUCUAUAGGUUUCAGUCUCCCUAUUACUGGCCCUGGCAAAACAAACCACCAGACAACGUAGAUUACGCCAUUUAUUUAGCGAAACGGACACUCAGAAAUAAGCAGAGGCACGGGCUCGAGGACUACGAAGUGGAAGCAAUGAACAACCUGAAGAAGAACCUUGCCAACAAGUGGGACAUUAUCACAGCACAGGCGGAAGAACAGGUGAAACUGAGCAAAGCGAUGAAAAAACCUGAUAAGCUGAUCAGCGAUUCGCAGGAGAAAGCGUAUUGGCGAGUGUACAGGCCCCCACCUGGUAUUCCGAGUUCGUUAGAACAAAUACCCGUACCCAGUAGAAGUUGGAAUGGUUGCAAGCCGAGGAAGAAAACGAUUGAGGAUGCUAGAAGGGAGGUCGAACUUUUACGAAACAGUCUCUUCCGUACACGCAUAAAGGUUUCCCAGGCGCUGGAAAACUUAGUGCAGCACGUCGAGACUUAUACCGAGUUCGAUCCUUUACUGACGUCCACGCAGCCAUCGAAUCCGUGGGUCAGCGAAGACACCACGUAUUGGCAGCUCAACGCACCUCUAGUUGAAGUACCAACAGAAAAACGAGUUAGAAAAUGGGGCCUCUCGAUGGAAGAUUUGCUGUCGGAUCCAACUGGGGUUCAGGAAUUUACCAACUAUCUGAAGAAGGAGAAAAGCGAGGAGAAUAUACUAUUUUGGUUGGCGGUCAAUGAAUUGAGAAGAUCGUCACAAUCCCAGAUUAUUUGGAAAAUACAAGACAUCUAUAAUGAAUACGUAAAAUUGGGAUCGCCAAGGGAGGUAAACAUAGAUAACCAAACGAUGGACAAGGUUUUGGAAGGGAUGAAGAAUAACAGCAGGUUUUGUUUUGACGCUGCUCAAGAACACGUUUACAAUUUGCUCCUUAAAAAAGACUGUUAUCCGCGAUUCAUCAGAUCUGAUUAUUACAAGAACUUGCUGGCCAAUGGGAUCCAACCAUUGCAGAAAAAACGAUUUUUUGGAUUCGGUCAAACCAGGAAAAAGGUCUCAUCGAGCACUACUUCUAAUCCAACCCAAACUCAACAGAUGGGCGGAGUCGCUGGUGCGUGUGGCCCCCUAAGUAAACGUCGCGGUAGCGAUCGGAGCCUUUCAGGUUCCGCUCACGAAAUUUCACAUUUUGGUGUAGGUGGUGGUGUAUCGGCUAACAUCGUCAAGGAAUCAAAGGUGCCCCAUUCCCAUUCGCAGAGCAAUUUGAGCGAUAUUCCUUAUAGGGGGGACCUAGACCUGAACAAAUGCAGUUCCGUGGCUACUGUGGCGCGCGCCACUGCUACGAACUUUUCCAGCCCAGUGAAAAAACCGACCAUCGUGCCAGGUGCUUCGACGUCCGAAGAGGUUUGCCCGUGGGAUGCCCAAUCCUCUCCCAUCCGAUCUCCUGCAUCAACGAGGCUUCGUAAAAAUUCGACACAUGUCGAUUCGGAAAGUUCUUCUUCGGAUGUCAGCGUUGGUGCUGCGGAAUUGACGGAAAGGGUCCAACGUUGCAUUCUAACCACCCAACACACAGUCGACAGUGGUAAAAAACUCCAUGUAGACCCGUUCGAGACACCCCGUAGGGCCUCGGUAUCGGUCCCCAUCACCCACUCGUCAGGAACGGAGGGAUCGAGACGUAAAGUAUCGUCGUUCGAAGACAAUAGUUCGGCCACCAUAAGCGCCGCGUCCUCGGUGUUCGUUAUUCCUAGUGACAAAGACAAUAAACUAGAGGACAGUCCAAGUACUAGCGCCAAAACUCUGAGAAAGAGUCACAGUAUCGCUAAGACUUGUUCGGUAGGCGGCGCGCCAAUUAUAAGUGUCAGUUCGGUGGUCGACGACGUCGACACUCAGCCCCUGCUCCAAGUAACAGCUCCGGAAAAUCAGGAAAUGAGCAAACCACCUACCCCGGAACCCGUAGAAAGGGAUGAACCGUCGCCGAUCGCGAGUUGCAGUCAGGAACCCAUGGCGCCUUUGGCUGAACCGGACAGCGAGUCGCCGGCCAGCGAGUUGCCGCCGUCAGAAAUCGUCGCGACAGCUGGCGAAGAGCAGGAAGAGGACGGGGACUUCAAUAAGGCCAAGGAAGGAAAAGAAGUCGGUGAGGCAAAAAGCAACGAUGUCUGUCCUUGGGAAGACGAAGAAAGUUGUAAAGUAGACACCCCGUUCGUCAAGACAUACGCAACUUUAGGAUACCUCUAACAAAUGGUAAUGUACAUUUAGUACGCCGCUAGCAGUUAAAGACUACACCCCAAAAGGAAAUUAGAUACGACAUUGAAAAUUAGGUUGCCGGCAAGAUGUUCAAGUGUCUUAGCAACGUUUUAGGAAAAAUAUAUUUGCUUGAUUGAAUUCCGUGUACACAAGAAAUAUACAAAAAAAUUUAACUAUUAAAUCUAGUAUAUUAGUCGUAACCUGAGAAUCGAAAAAACAAUGGGAAUAUCAAUUUUUUUGGCCCGAUGAAACCGAAUGGAAAUUGAUGUUGGUAAAAGCAAGGUCUGUAAGAUAUGGAGGUGAAGUUGCAGUAUUUAGUGCCACCUAUUCAUGUCGCCGUUUACGAUAUUGUGUUUUUGAUCUCGCUUAUAGACGCGAUAGUUGCACUUUUGAAAUCAAAAUCUUGGAACCUAAUCGUGUAUUUGCUCACAUAUAGAUGCGAAAUUGCUACCGCAGUUUUUCAUUAACUUCGGUCGUGCCAAACCAUUCAGAAUUAAAGUUUGUUUUUGAAAAAGCCAUUUCCGAGUUGCUUUAUUUCAGAUCAUCGUAGGUAUAGUGUUUUACAUGAAGAAAAACAGCCAAUUUUAACAUUCAAAUUGUGGGAGUACGAUUAAAAAUAUAUCUUUAUAAUAAAAAGGCAGGAGGCCGAUUUUAAAAAUAAAUGACAUUACCAAGAAGCUAACCCUGUCGUGGUAGAUGGCGAAAUACGUGAGCCCAAUUGCCAUCCGCCUUCGCCAACCCAGCUCUUUGGUAGAGUCGAAUGAAGCCAGAAAUUUCCAUCAAAUUAAUGUUAUUGUGCAACGUACCUUAUAAUCGAUGUGCACAGCAUGCUAUAUUUAUUAUUGUCGUUAUAUAUAAGGGGUAGUAUUAUAUACACAUAGAUAUCAAAAAAGAUGUAGGCAAAAUGGAUUAAUGGCUGCUCAACGGUGCAGUUUGCAGUCACGAGGGUCCGCAUAAAAAUGUUUGAUGUUUUCGAUUUUCGUAUUAAAUAACCUAUAGGCACAUACUGAUCUUGCAUAACUAAAAUGAUAUUCGUUGUAGAUGUAGUUCUUUAGUAUAUGUGGAAGUUGAUGUCGUUCAGCGAUUUUUCUGGCGGAUUUCCCAAUUUAAUACGGUUCUGAAAUCAAGCACACAUUCGCUCUGAAGUGGAAGAAUCAGAUCUAUUUAUUUUCCUCCGAUUAACUUUGAAGGUUUUGUCGAGUUGAAAAGUAUAACUCUCUCGCACCUUGAAAAAUUGGACAUCCGAAAUUUUUCGCACACCUUCAAAAUUAAAUUGAAUGAUAGAUUUGAUCUAUUACGGGUUUAAUGUGUAACGGUCUUGAAGCGAACACAUAAUUUUCUACAUUUAUUAUUGUUGUUUGGCAAUACUUGCUGUCUUCAAUGACCAGCUAUUAGCAAGCGAUUUAAUGCCGAUGAAAACAUAUUAUGUGCUACAAACCAACAAAAUAGAUCAUAAUUUUAAAAAUAUUUAGAUAAAAUGUAAACAAUGCUGGAAGAUGAUUAAUUCGUUGACUCUUGCUAUAUGUGGUAGCUAUUGCGAUAAAACCAAUGAACCAAAAGCAGUGGUACUGACUACGUCGUGUAUAAAAUUGAUAGAAAAGAAAAUUAUAAAGCUUCAGGAUCAUUACGCAACUAUUUUGUCAGUGUCGACAUUGCAAUAAAAUAUGUCUGCACCACAAUUAAACGAAACGAAAUAAUUUUCCAAUUCUUUUCUUAUGUGAGCAAAUAACCGGUUCAAAAAAACUAUUGCGGUUCCUACUUGUAAAGGCCAACUUCACCGUAAUUUUUGGCCUAUUGUCGUAUCGUUGUUAACCGUAAAACAUUGUAGAUGGUUGUUAUGCUUUGACAUUUGUGUAAAAAUGGCCUCAUGUUAUACAUAGUUAAAAUUUGUAAAUAGUGCUCCAGAUUUGUCACAUAAUGCCAAAGUCGGGGUAAAGUACUGAAUACUCGAUUUUAAGGUGCACAACAUCGUGAAGAUUCGAUAGCUUUUUGAAUUUAAGUAAAUUUAUUGAUAUUAAAACACUAACAGCAACAAUAGCUACAUUAACAUUCAACAUGUAAAGGGUUAAGUAAAAAAUGGGACGGUGCUGAUAGUAUAAUGCUGCUAUGGAUUCGUUGAACAAUAAUUUUAAUUGAGUGCUGUGAUAAGCCUUAAACCAAAUUGUCAAAUUAUGUUUUUUAAAGCUAUCCAAUCUUAUGUCAAAUUAGAAAGUAAAAGUAGUUAAAUAAAAGAAUUACAAAUUACUGAAAUGAAAUUCAAAUAAGUCGGAUAAAUAUUCAGAUAAGAUCGCUUAUACAUUUUGUAACAGAUCAAAAUUCACUACAAAAUGCACAUAGAUCGUUGAUAAGAAGCGAUUCUGUUCUAAAUGUCGACCGUACUUACGGUCAGUGUAGUUGCACCAGCAGCUAUACAUAUUUUAGUACACGAAUUUAGCUAUAAAUUUUAGAACAGAAUUCUUGUAGUCUUUCAAAUACACCGUAUUAACUACCUAAACAACCUAAUAUACAAAUAAUAUUAAUUUCUGUUUAAAAAAGAGAAAUCAAAAAAUAAUGAUGAUAAUGAUAAUUAAUGCGUCUAAGUUACAUUACUAUUUUUUACUGAAUUUGGCGGUGUGUAACUGAUUAUUUGAGCUACUUUUAUCAUAAGUGUAACAACCCUUAGAAAUCGGGAUUAAGCGAAGAGACGGUAAAGGUUCUGGGCCGUAUGGUUGGAUUAUUCCAGGGUGCAGUUCGACUACAUUUAAACAUAUGUAAGCACAGAUAUUUUAUUUGAAAAGACGAAACGUUCAAAUACAUCUGGGGUCCAAACAACAAAAACUUAAGAUUGUUUCGAUGAAUUUUUAAAUAGGUAACAAAAUGCGCCGGAACCUUUACUCGCGAUCUACGAUGCCAACAUGAAUGAAAAGUUGUAAACUAUAAGCUGCGAGAUUCGCUAGUGAUGUAAAUAGUUUUAUAUUUAAUAGUCAUUGUAUUAUUGAUUACGAUUAAUAAUGAAAAAAAAUGUUAACAAUUAAUGUUCUUAAAUUUUAUUUAUUAGACUUGUUAACAGACUAAUGUCAUUUUAAUCUAAUGUAGACUGUAAAGUGAAAUGGGAAUGUGAUAAUAGUUGUUUUUUAUUUUAU